GUCUUGUCUUCUGAUCUGAAACCACGCCUAAAAUGGACACCAGAACUUCACGCUCUUUUCGUUGAUGCGGUUAAUCAGCUUGGUGGCCAUGAAAGUAGGACUUUCAGUACACUUAUUCUCUUAGGUUAUCAAUUAACAAUUCGUCUUCUGUUCAGUGCCUCCUUUGGUUUCUGAAAUAUUAGAAUGGGGUUCUAUUAUAUCUUUCUUUUGUACGCUGGUUGGUUCAAUUUACUUUAGUUUGUUUACGGUUUACGCCUAUUUGGGAGGAGUGAUUUUGGGGUUUUAAUUUCUGGUUCAACUGUAUGACAUGGGAUUUGCUCAAUUUCAGGCCCACAUCUGCGUCCAUCUGGUUGGACUCCUUUUUGUGUAAUAUAUGCCUUCUACUUUGUAUGCACUGUGUCAUUGGGCAAAUUACCUCUAUUUCUGGCAUCAGAAGGAAGGGGGAUUCUGGUUGCAUUUGCCACAGUGGUUAUUUUCUUAGCAUAUCGAUUCACUCUCCCAGGAUCUUGUCAAUUAUAGAGGCCACCCCAAAGGCUAUCAUGAAGAUAAUGCGUGUAAGGGGAUUGACUCUCUACCACUUGAAAAGCCAUUUACAGAAGUACAGGAUGAACAUAAUUUCAGGAAGGGAGGCUGCAAGAAGGGAAGCCGAAGAAGAGGGGGAACAGCAAAAGGAAGCUGCAACUUCAUCAUCGCCACAAGAAGAAGAUGAGGUUGACAAAGCUGAAGAUGAGACAAAAGAUCAAUCGAAUGCUCAUCUGAAAAUUGAUAAGAUUGAGAAACACAUUCGCAUUUGUCAGGGUGCACAAGAGAGAUACCUGAAAGCAGCACUGGACAGCGCACACCGAGCUGCUGCAAGGGAAACAUUGGGAUGUGCUGGCGCGGAUGUCGACCUGACAGGACUUACAGCAAGUAGGACACUGCCAUUUCCAUCCGUCAUCAAACAGUUCAACUUAUGGCCUGCCCAUUCCAGUGACAUGGUGAGAACCGGUGGUGGUAGAUUUCAGCCCCAUGGCCUAGGUAAUUCUUCAUCAACACAAGGCUGGUUGGCUUCAGAGAUGCAUUCAGAAAGUUUCAAGAAUCAUUUGGGUUUGCCUGUUGAUGGCUGCCCUACAAUUGCUGGUGAGGAGACUAAAACCAAUGCUGGUGGUGAAGAGAACAAAACUGCCCAGGAUACUGAGGUUGACCCUGCAAGCAUAUACCUGAAUUUGGAUGAUACAGGGAUCAUUGACAUGGCACCCCACAACUCCCCUGGCUCUCCCUAGGACGAGGAAAUGUCACUGCUGCUUAGCUAUGAUUGCAGCAGAAAUAAUAUCAUGGCACCAUACUUAGCUUGAUGUCUCAGCUAUUUAACAGAAUAUAAUUAAAUAUGAACCUGAACCUCUUGUCCUUCUGUAUGAGGACACUUAUCACAAGCAAAAAUGUCUGAGAUACCCAACAAUUAAAAGAGCCCAACCAAAACUUUAAACGGUAUUUAGAAGGCUUGGU